AUGUUGUUUAUAUCCGUGUCCGUCAACCUCAUACCAAGAUGCAGAUACAGGCCCUUUUCUGCUUCAGCCCGAUGGCUAGAUCACUACAAGACACUUGGAGUUAACACUCGGGCGAGCAAGGCUCAGAUCAAAUCUCAAUUUUAUCUGUUAAGCAAGAAGCACCAUCCUGAUAUUUCACAGGACCCCGAAUCAAAGGAGAUAUACGCUGCCGUGAGCGCAGCUUACUCAGUACUAAGUAAUGACCGUGAACGACGGGCUUAUGAUAAGAAAAUGCAACAGAACCAUCGUUCGUUUUCGUCUCAUUCCCCACAUCUCCAUCCAGCUGCGAACCAUAACGGUGAAUGGUCUAGAAGACAUCCCGGUGCUACUCACGCCUGGGCGCGCAGGUCGUACCAACAUCCCCAUGAGCAAAAGUCAAACUCUGCAGGUCCAUCUAAUUCCAGCGCGUCUGGGUUCGCGCAACAAGGUUUUCGUGGUUUUACUCCUCAUUCUGGUCGCAGCACUUUCAUGGACUCGUCUUCAAUUCAUGCGAACGCUGCUACGGAUGGAGACAAGAGUAUGUUUCGGAGAAGAAUGGAAUCCGUUCACAGGGAUAGGGAGAAGAUAGAAAAAGUAUCUGGAUCUGUUAGGGCCUUCCAGGUAUUAUUGGUGCUUGUCCUCAUUUCAGCUGUCGCUGCACCAAGUAUGAGACCUAGUAACAUGUCUACGACUCAAAGUCUGCCGGUCAAUCGGUUGAGAGCUCGCAAAAGGCAUUUAUCAGACGAAGAAUUGGAUCUCAAGCACGGUUCGAAUUCUACUAUUUCAUCUAGCUUGUCUGAUGAAAUUAAAUAA